AUGGAUGACAUUGCUAAGAUGCUAGUCCGCGGUUUGGAUUUCUUUAUGAUGGACGGAAACAUGCUCUGUUUGACGAAGACCGCCUUCACCAACCUGCCCCACCCGCCUGCCGCCACCGCCGCCCCCCUCUCCGGCUACGUCCCUGCGGGCGCCCUCGACGGGUUCGACCGCAUCAGCUUCCUCCCCGGCGUGAUCCUCCGCGACAUCGUCUCCCGCCUCCCCGUCAAGGACGCCGCGCGCACUACAAUCCUCUCCACGCGAUGGCGCCGCGUCUGGCACACGACGCCGCUCGUCCUCGUCGACGCCCACCUCCUCCCCAGCGCCUCCAUCGGGACCGGCUGCAGCCGCCUCGGCGCCGAUCCGCGCGACAUCUCCGAUGCGGUGUCCACCGUCCUCGCCGCGCACCCAGGUCCCUUCCGCUGCGUCUACCUCACCGGCACCCCGAUGGAGACGCAUGCCGACGAGCUCGCGCUCUGGCUCCAGCACCUAGCCGCCAAGGGCGUCCAAGAACUCAUUUUUCUCAGCUGCACAACAAAUUUCGACUCUACCGUGCAUCUCCCUGCCACGCUCUUUAGAUGCACCUCCCUCACAAAACUCUACAUCGGCUUCUGA